GUCUAUCGGUGUACCCCAUAACAGUGUCUCCCUGCGACAAUUGUUAUGUUUUGCAUACAUGCCACAUAAAAACCACGUCUCACAUGUGACAUUAUCUUGCAGCACCAAGUUUAAAUUCAUUCGAAUUCGAGCGCGCAGGGUAGUUUCCAUACGGUCAUAAUGUGGGCUGUCGCUGCCGUAUUUCUCAUCCCUAUAGCAGUGGCAGUGGUUUCCGAAGCACCCGCGGAAUUUCCUCACAGUGUUGUUUACAAGAGUUUUUCCACAGCGCUGAGCGAGUGUGCGGAGUAUUUCCAAGUGCCCAAUUGCACGCUUGACCGCUACAUUCAGGAUUCCUAUCCGAAUAAUGACGACGUGAAGCGACUGAUCCGCUGUGUGUUGAUCAACCUGAAUGGAUGGAGUGACGAAGCCGGAGUGCGCGAAAAUGUGCUGGGUAACUUCUUCCAACCCCUGACGGAUGAUAAAUGCUACUCAAAUCGCACGAAGGAAUGCAUUAAGCGUGCCUACGAAGAUCUGGAACAGGAUGACCACUACAGCAGAGCGUACGAGUCAUUCUACUGCUACUACACUCAGCAUGGAAAUCUGGUUCAAUCGGAUCAGUUCAUACCCAGCGAGCCAUAUGAGCUGAAACAGCUGGUGCUGACUGGACUCCUGAUGGCAAACCUUCCCAAGCAAGUGCUGGUGAAGUACAGCAAGGGGGAUAUUUUGAACGAUUCGUAUUUCCCGAGCAUCUUGCUGCUGUUCUGUGUUCGCGGAGGCUACUAUUCCAUCUACAGUGGGAUCCAACUGAAGAAUAUCUACACCCAACUAGGCUAUCCCGAGUUGCUAUCCCCGGAGGUUCAGCAGUGCUGUGGCAAGGUGUCACAAUCGUUGCGAAAUGCCGACCAUGCGACCCACCUGAUAAAGAUGAUGAAGAAAUGUCUGAAAUACAAUCUCACCAUGAUAGCAGCAUUGUUUGAGAAGGGUGCCAAAGCGUUGAUUGGGGCCAAGUCAUCGCCGGCUUACAAAGAAGAGCAGUCGUCGGUACGUUCGGGUAAAUUUUAUAAUCGAGUUUUUGUAGAUUGAUGAGUUUAGUUGUUUGUUCCUUAUGUUUGUUUAAAUUGUUUCCUGUUUUUAUAUGAAAUAUAACAUUUAAAAAAAAGUUCUUUGUAAAUUGUUACUAUAUACGUUACUAUUUUCAUUAGACUGAUUCGUACUGGUAGUAUUAAAAGUGUACUCAGAUAAAUUUGAUUUCCGACGUAACCCAACCUAACGAUACGGAACCAUUUAAAAAAUCCAAAAGUUCAUCAACUAAAUUCGCAUAGUCUUUUACAAAAUGAGAACUGUUUAUCUGAAAUAGCA